AAGAGAGAUAAGAUAUGAUGACAGCAAGGUCGUAGGUAAGACGGAAGAAAAGCCUCGACAAUUGGCUCUUUUCCCCACCGUUAUCAACCGCCAAACAGUUCAACGACUCUCUUAAACAUGAAGAAAAGAUCGCCCCCCCCAAAACGGCAGCCAUGAUGAUUCGGCGGCGUUGAACAAAUUGCCAAUGAUCAUCGGGUGAGCCACUCGAAGCACAUGUUUUUUAAAGUUCAGACCGUCGGCCAGUGGCCAGCCAAGAUUUCCUUCCCCAUGGGGAACAACGGUCGAGAGCGGGUAUCAAAACGCGGGGAAGCGGAGUCUUGACUUACACGAUCCUCACAUCAUUCACGAUCGAACAACAAAGCAACCAGUUCCAUCUUUCCGUGAGAUCCAAGGCACUCGGUAUUGUCGAGAAAGUUAUCUGGUGAUUUUAGCAAUGCCAUGUAGUUAGGUUGGGUAGCACCAGCUUAGAAAAGGGACAGGGCGACCAAUGGUUCGUCGGCUUUGGUUGGGGUCCAUUGAUUGCCCCGCGCGGCCGAUCCCCUUCCCCGGGAGGAAGGGCACGAUAGAGGUUGGGAACUAAAUGGCACCUUCAUUGUUCGGGAGUCGGGGCAACGGAUUAUAUGCGGGGGAGAACGUGCAGCACCGCGGUUACAACUCUCUUACCUUCACCACCAGCUUUUGGAUAUAGAGUUCUUCCAUCAUAUAUUCAUAUCAUCAUAUGUUUCAACAUACUUUUACAUCUUUAUUGUACCACUACUUGUACUUGUGCUCCUCCGAUAUUUGGUAUCUUGUUCCUGUCACCUGUGACAUCAUCUCAUCACACCGUCGACCUCACUCGCCUCGCUCCAUCUCAGUAUCAAGACAACAAAAAUGACCAAAGACCACCCCCAAAACCACACCCAAACACACUCACUCACCUCCCCCGAAACCUUCUGGUCUCACCAAGCCGAUCAACUUCAUUGGCACAAGAAACCCGCCACCGUCCUCCAAAAGACAACCAAACAACUCCCUUCUGGUAUCUCUCACGACCACUGGGCCUGGUUCCCUGACGGCGAGAUCUCCACAUGCUACAACUGCAUCGAUCGUCACGUCCUUGCUGGCAGGGGGGAUGCUCCUGCCAUCUUGUAUGACAGCCCGGUCACGAACAAGAAGGAGACAUACACCUAUGCCAGGUUACUCGACGAGGUGGAGAUCUUUGCGGGUGUGCUGAGAGAGGAGGGAGUGAAGAAGGGGGAUGUGGUGCUUGUUUAUAUGCCCAUGAUACCCGCUGCCUUGAUCGGGAUUCUAGCUAUCAAUCGUCUUGGUGCGAUCCAUGCCGUUGUGUUUGGCGGUUUUGCUUCUGGGGCACUGGCCCAAAGAAUUGAGGCUUCGAAGCCGGUUGCUAUCCUGACUGCUUCUUGCGGGAUAGAGGGGAAUAAGGGGCCGAUUGGGUACCAGGGUUUUGUGGAGGAGGCGAUGAAGAUUUCGAGUUGGAGGCCGCCAAAGACUAUUAUUUGGCAAAGAGACGAGCUGCCAUGGCGACCCAUUGAUAGAGCGAAUGGCCAACGAAAAUGGCAGGCCCUGGUCAAGAGCUGCCGUGCUAGAGGUUGGCGAGCGGCGUGUGUUCCUGUUAAGUCGACAGAUGGCGUCUACAUCAUCUACACCAGUGGCACGACGGGUCUGCCAAAGGGUGUGCUGAGAGAAGCUGGCGGCCAUGCCGUCGGUCUGCACUUGAUGAUCUCGUAUCUCUUUGGUGUCCAUGGUCCUGGUGAUGUGAUGGGAUGUUACAGCGAUAUUGGCUGGGUCGUCUCUCACAGCUAUACUUUAUAUGGCCCCCUCUUGACCGGCGCUGCAACCGUCUUAUAUGAGGGCAAGCCAGUCGGCACCCCUGAUGCCUCGGCCUUCUGGCGUCUGGCCGAAGAGUACAAGAUCAACACCAUGUUCACUGCCCCCACCGCGCUCCGCGCAAUCCGCAAAGAAGAUCCGGAUAACAUCCAUUUCUCUCGUGUUGGUGAGCGCGGAGGUCUCAGGAACCUUCGAGCACUAUUCCUGGCCGGCGAAAGAUCAGAACCAUCCAUCAUCACCAUGUAUCAGGACCUGCUAGCCAAACAUGCUGCACCUGGCGCACUGGUGAUCGACAACUGGUGGUCAUCCGAAUCCGGCUCCCCCAUCUCGGGCAUCGCUCUCGUGCCCCAUGCAGGUCAUGACAGAGCCAAUCCCACCUCCUCUGCCUCACACCCACCGCUGAAGAUAAAACCUGGUUCGGCAGGCAAAGCUAUGCCUGGAUUUGAUGUCCGCGUCGUGUCUGACUCUGGUGAACCUCUACCACCAAACACCAUGGGCAAUAUUGUCCUAGGCCUCCCACUUGCCCCUACUGCCUUCAGGACUCUGUGGGGAGAUGAGGAAAGGUUCUACAAGGGUUACCUCAAACGCUUCGACGGGAAGUACAUCGACACCGGUGACGCAGGUGUCAUUGAUGAGGAUGGCUACAUCCAUAUCAUGGCACGCUCAGACGACAUCAUCAAUGUGGCUGCUCAUCGGUUGUCCACUGGCCAACUGGAGCAAGCUAUCACCACCCACCCUGACGUCACGGAAGCAUGUGUGGUUGGCAUCCCUGACGCACUGAAGGGGCAGAUGCCGUUUGCUUUCAUCAGCACUUCCCACGGAGCGGCAACUACAAAAGAGAAGAAGGAGAAACUGUUUCAGGAGAUACAGACCCUGGUCAGGAAGCAAGUGGGUGCUAUUGCGAGUUUGGGGGGGAUGAUUGAGGGUAAGGGGAUGAUUCCCAAGACGAGGUCAGGGAAGACGCUGAGGAGGGUUUUAAAGGAGUUGUUGGAGAAUGCGGUGCAUGGGGAGGUGGACAAGGAGUUGAAUGUUCCCAGUACGGUGGAGGAUAUGGGGGUUGUGGAGGUGGCGAGGGGGAAGGUGAGGGAGUACUUUGUGGAGUUGGAGAGGAAGGGGAAGAGGCAUGCGAGCAUUGAGGGGAGGGAGAAGGCGAAGCUUUAGGGGAGUACCUUGCGGUGAGGAUCGGUGGGAUGAUGAGAGUGGGGAGUGAUGUUAUGAUAUAUACCACGACGCAGGUUAGGCACUUUGUUGAAAAUAUAGUGGAGUUCCAAGCUGUGAGGGCCACGGUCCUUGGUCGUCAUCCACUGACUUUCCUUCUUCAUCAAUCUACUAGUAAGCCACCUCCACCAGCGCAAUUACAAGACGUUAAGGCAGGGCCCUAAUUAACUUCGUCCGGACAGCUCGCAAAUCAAAGUUAUAAUCUAAUUUACUCAAUCUUCUAUAUCUUCAACAUCACGGGUUCAGAAAUACCCUAUUUUCACCAAGGGACAGGAAUACCGCGGCCGCGUGUAUCUGACCAUACCUUCAGUAAGGGAGCGGUACUUAAGAUCCAUCGACAUCUAGCACCGGGACUGUUUGGUAUGGUGAACAAUGUUGGCUACAAACUUCCGGAGAAGAGACGCGUGUGAAGGGCGAGGAUAAAAAAGGUAAUGAUGCAGUGAGCGAGAGCUAGGAAUGUAGGACUUGAUAUUGCCUUUGUAUCAGUGCACUAUAUCAACUUUUAAGGGGCAUGACGGGAUGUUAAAAAUACAAUAUUGCACACUAUAAUGUAGAAUGUAAGGUCUUGAAAGAUAGUGAUAACUCCUCUCGGCUAUCUUGAAAUGCC